AACUUAUCUCGAGCUCAGCGACAUCCGAGUCUGAGCGAGUCAGCCAGUGCCAUAGCUGCUGCAGCCUUCGUGUCCAUGAUUUGACAGGGAUCGAGUGGAGGCUUACCGCUCUCUCGGAAUGUCAUUGUCGCUGUGAAUCGAGGAUUGGGAUUGUGUACCUGCGCCAGCAACUGCAGCCAGAAUCUCUGAAUUCGUCGAAAGCUCGAGAAGAUGGUGGCUGUUUUCAGCGUACCGGCGUUUUUCAUUCUCUUCCGGGAGACGCUGGAGGCGUCGAUCAUUCUGUCGGUCAUGCUCUCGCUUCUGAACAAGGUCGUGGCGGACAGGGUGUUCCGCUGGAAGCUGCAGAAGCAGGUGUGGAUGGGUGUGGUGGUGGGCGUGGCCCUGUCGAUGGCUGCGGCUGCAAUUUUCCUGUCUCUCUACUACACCGUGGCCAAAAAUGCCUGGGAUAAGACCGAGAUGCUGUGGGAGGGGAUUCUGAGCCUCAUUGCUGUGGUUCUCAUCACUCUGAUGGCCUUGUCCAUGAUCAGAGUCGACACAUGGAGGGCGAAGUGGGAGAAGAAGCUGACGAAGGUGACGAUCGACACCGUCGAGCAGUACGGGCAGCUGCAGAGCACGAGGAGCAAGUACGCGCUCUUUCUCAUCCCCUUCACGAUCGUCAUCCGGGAGGGCGUCGAGGCGGUAAUUUUCCUCGGAGGAAUCGGGCUCGAAGGAUCGGGCACUGCGUACCCGCUCGCUGCAAUCACCGGAGCCAUCUGCGGUUGCGCCAUCGGAUACUUUCUGUACAAAGGAGGCAACAACGUGGCCUUCAAGUGGUUCCUCGGAGCCGCCACUCUGCUUCUGCUGGUGAUCGCAGCGGGCUUGUUCGCCAAUGCCGUCCACGAGCUCGAGGAGUACACCCACAACGAGAAGCUCGUCUGGUCUCUUCACUGCUGUCACCACGAGGACAAUGGCAUCUGGAAGCUUCUCAAUGCCGUCACUGGCUGGCGUGACGAGGCUUCGGUCGGCACUGUCUCGGCCUACUUCUCGUACUGGGCUUUCAUCAUCAUCACGCUGAUCCUCCUGCGAAUCAAGUGGAACCGAGAUGCUGCACGAGAAGCCGAGGAAGCCAGGGCCGAAGCGGCCAACAGCGCCGCCCCCGCCGUCCCUGUCUAGAGAUGCUGCACCUUCGACUGUAUUUCUCUCAUUUUCUGCCAUCUGGAGAAUUUUUCAAGCGGUUGCCGGUUCAUUCGUUCGAGUCGGGCGAGGAUUGCUCUCAUGCCCGCUCGAGCUCCAGCGCAGCCAACACGCCUAGCUAGGGCCUGGACACUAAGCAUGCCUGGUACGAAACUAGUCUGCACCGAUUUUACUGGAGCAGGAAAAGAAGAACCCAAUAUCCGCGCAGCUGGCCACGGGUUGAGGUCGAGAUUAUUCAGCAUUCUGGUUCUGCGCGACUAGGAUGCGCCAAAAUCAUAGCAAGACAAUUUUAUACUGAUAAUGUUGUGGGCAGAUCAAUCGACUGCACUCUUUUCUGGAAAGUCGGGGUUAGAAUUGAAAGAGCCAUCAAAUUCGCUGAAUGCUGGAAGAGUUGAAGUUUAGAUCUAGUAAGCGUAGAUUCAAAUCCAAAAGGAACAAUCUACCCGGAUUCCUAGAGCUGCAGUAGUAUUCCACUAUGUUUGUUUGGACAGAGCACAGCAGAGCAGAGCAGAGCACUGUCUUUCGGGACACAUCCCACCUUCUAUACAUAUUGUAUCCAAGAGUGAAGUACACAACGCAAAUUUUGUUUGCCUUCUACUUUCCAAUAAUACACCAAAGUUUCAGGAGUUCC